AAGACAUCGCGGGAUAUCAAUAAUGUUAUGGCGGGUUAUUCUAACAACGGCCGCGCUCACAUGUACGUUAUCACGCACACACGCACACGGUCCCAGAGACCGGAUAAAAGAUUUGAUGUGCGUACUAUUGUUGAGCGGCAUACAAAAAGAGGAGUUGGAUGUGAGCGUGUUGAACAAACUGCGGCGUUACAACGUAAACAUUCACGAUACAAACAAUGGUCAAUUACUACAGGAAUGUAUGACAUUGCGCAAUAUCACUGACGACGAAACUAUCAGUUCGACGUUGACGUAUAAUACGACAGCUGGAGUCACUGAAAACUUACACGUAAAGAAUUCUAGCUCUGCAAAUGUACAAAAAAAUCAAAUUGAGUCUAAUAACAGUGACCCAUUAGCAACGUAUGAUGCAAAUAUUAAGAAGAAUAAUGAUGCUAUACAGUAUUACGAUGGGAAACCGAAAUUAGACAGUGUCUUGAAAUUCUGGAACGAUAUGAAAUUCGAGCAUAAGAUAACAACGGAAACCGUAAGAGAAAAGUACGAUCCAGAAAUAUCUUACGUUCCAGAGACGAAAAACAAACGUGACGUAGACGUUGAGCCCGAUGAAGAGGAUGACAUAAAGAAGUUACUUGACAACUACUUUAAAAAUAAAAAGAUUAAAAGCGGAAAACACGACACAGAGGCCACGACACAAAGAGGUUUCAUUGACGACUAUAGAGGCUAUGCAAAGUCAAGACUUAGUAACAAGAGAGCUGAUGAAUUUGGACCGGAUCAUAAUCUGCCAUAUUUGUUGCCUUUUGGCGGUCAAAAACACUCUAGAAGUCCACUUAGGAUUAUCUCGGAUAAGGAUGAGAGUGGAUCCAAUCGUGAUUAUGAAGACAAUAGUAAAUAUUCCGACGACAACAGAAAAAUAUACCAGAAUCCGUACUCGAGGAGACUAAAAGACAAGGAGAGAUUUGUCGUCACUACGGAGAGACAGAGAGAAAAGAAUUUCUCAAAAGACAUGAUAAAAGAAAUAGCAGACAGUGUUAAGGAACUUGUUCUUAGAGAUCUCAAACUGAAACUUCAAGAGACUACAGCGAGGACUACGACUCAAACUACACGAGUUACAAAAUCCUCAGAACCAGCCAGGGAUAGGAAUAUAAAAAUUCAAGAAUCAGUUCUAAAGAAAUUCCUCGAAAUGUUUGAAGAGUUCAAAUCUCUGAAGACCAACAGUGUGGUGAUAACCAGUCCGCACAAUGAACAUAACAUUCAACAGUUGCUACCGCCCGCGAUACCUUUUGGAGUACAAAAAGGAGCACAGAUACAGAAUAGCAAUCCGUACGGAUAUCCGAAGAGCGAUUCUAAAGUAAACUUCGAUUAUGAACCGCAGGAGCACAAGUUCAGAACAAACGAGGGCACAGUCACAGUCAGAGCGCCCAGGAAACGAUUGAUACCGAUCACGUUUCAGACGAACAAUCUAGAAAUACCACCUUUAGGUAUACCCAUAGAGAAACCAAUGAAUCCUAUUAACCAGAACAUAGUAGUGACCACAGAAAUCCCCUACAGGAUAGGGGUCAUAAAUAACGCCUUGAAACCUAGGAACAAUCCCUUCGAGGAAACGAAAAAUUUUGAACAAUAUCUAUCAAAGCCAAUCCACAUUCCUAAAGCUCGCAACAGUUAUAAGGUACCAUUGAACGCUGAUGAGGUACGAUUCACAUUGAACGACGGAGUCAAACACCACAGCGAUUAUUACGAAAAGAGGAAUCCAAAAUACCAUCCGCGUUCAGACACCGCCUACAUUAAGACAGCACAAGUGCCACGCUUCCACGAACGAUUGGAAAACACUGACAUCCUAGACGUACCAGCCAAGAAAAUAUACACCGAGAGGGUCGACUGUUGCAACGAGAAGUAUUCGUACUCAAAGCAGAUGGUGGAAUGUUGCAACAGAAAAAUAGCAUCCAGACAACAGCUAUCCUUGAACAGUAUGAAGAAGGGCAGAUAUGACGACACACAUUUUAAGAACUUCCUCAAGACACAACAGAAGGUCACAGACAUGCUGGAGAGGAUCCUCACCACCAGAGACAAAGUACGAAGUGUUGAAACUUCAUAGAUCACAAUAAAUAACUACGGGACUACAAGAGUUUUUAAAA